AUGACAUUCCAAAAUGAAGCAUCUUUGCCUUUUCAGCAAAUCUGGGUACCAGGAGAUAAUGACAUUGGAGGAGAGAAUGAGCCCAUCAAGUGGGACAAGGUGAAGCUGUUCCAAAAGGUGUUUGCCCAGAAUCCGGCAGUCGGAGUUAAAGAUAUUUCAUUCUACAGGAUAAACGCCAUCACACACGCAUACCCCAAAGUGCCGGAGAAUGAGACAGACAAUAAUUUCAAGAUAGCUGUCUCACACUAUCCGUUGCUGAUUCGACACUCGUUUGUCACAGAGAUAAACAAACACUACCGUCCAGACAUAUAUUUCUGCGCGCACGACCACGAAUCCAAGUACAUGACGCAAACGCAGCGCUUCGAAAAUACCCAGAUUCAUCAGUUCUAUGACAACGAAAUACUGGAAAUUGGCUUUGGGAUUGAUCUGUACGAGAUAUAUGUCCCGACUUGCUCGUAUAGAAUGGGGACGAGCAAGAUUGGAUACGGGGCGGCAGUUUUAGACCACGGCAACACCCGCCUGCGUUACACCGUGUUCUGGUCUCCCCAGCGGUUCCCCUACCUCUUCGGUUACCUUGCGUUCCUGGUACUCGUUCUAUGCUACUCUCUCGCUUGUAUAGUCAAACUGUUCUGCCAGUGGUAUUGUAGGAGCAACAGUUUACCCUUGUAUACUAAACUUUAGCAGUCACAUGGACACUCUAUGGACAAAUUAAUAUUUAUACUAUAAUGAAAGGUCUUAAGACUCACAGUCUUACCUGAUUUCAGAAGCAAGCAAGGUUAGUGAUCAAUUCACAAGAGCUGGUACAAAUAAUUGAAUGAAAACAAAUGACUGUGUGACAGAUUAACCAACAAAACGUUGGCUCUAGAUUGACAGGUACAACUGUAGGUACCUACCUAUAGCCACAGUAUAAUAAUGAGUACUAUCGUUGAAAGUGCCGCCCACCCCCUCACGGUUACCUCACAGAUAUCGCGAAAACGCGAACAGUCGACCUGUCAUAUC